AUGACAGUUUCCAAAACUACAUUUCUACAAAAAAUUAUUUCAUUUGUGUCACUCUUAUCACCUAUUGAAUGGUUUACCUGGUUCACAUUUGUCGUGAUUCUUCCAAUGUGCUCUUUUUUCGGCUGGUUGGCUCUACCAUUCGUCGUCUUUGCUUUUAUUAUCGCUAAUAUAUUUGGUAUUAUUCAGUUGUUGUCGAAAGCAACUUAUUCACUAGAAAACGACACAGGAAACAACAUAAACGAGACUAUUCUCCCGAAAGUCUCUGAGAAAGAUAUUGAAAAGUAUGAUAAACAACUUGAUAAGGUUGACGAGUUUGAUCCUGUACUCAUAAUUUCUCCAAAUCACAAUUGGAUAAAUCAACAUACAUUGCAAAAUUAUCAAACGGUGAUGAAUGCAUUUGCGACUGACAGUCUCCGACGAAACAAUCGAAGAGAUGAAAAUUCGCUCUGUGUAUUUCAUUUCUCAACUGUGACCGAACUUUACACCGUACGCAGAAACAUCCGCACACUUCAUCCCAAUGCGUUCUUCGAUCCUAAUGCUCAACCUCAACAGCAACCAAUUGGUACUGCUUGGAUACUUAAUAAGGUGGGAGUGCGAAAGAGCGAUUUUGGUGAAGAUGAUUCAUUCUUUGUUAUGCGUUAA